CUCUUUUGCUAUCACUGUUAGCUCAUUCAGUCAGCUGACGUUGUUUGUGAUGGUUAUUUGGUUGCGGUAAAUUUUCAUACUGAUUUUGUGUAGUUGUUGUGUGCUUUUUUAGUGUUGUCGCACAUACAUACGUUGUGGUCUAAAAGCAAUAGUGAAUAAAGUAACAAAUUCUAGCUGGAUCGUGCAGGGGACAAAUAAAUAAUUAAAACUCGCAAAAGAUCGAAAAAUAUCAACAAAUAAAAACAUAAUUAUUUAUUUCCGGUUGUUGAGCAAUCACUUCAAGAGCAUAAGAUACAGUUUCUAGCACUGCGAAUUCUGUUAACUCAGCUGAAAUAUAGAGGAACUUAGAACACAAAGCGAUGAAGAUGGGUUCACCAGCCGUCAAGCAACACAAGCGGGCAAGCAAAUCGUCCAAUUCCUCACGGGUCAGUAUGACAACCUCCCAGGCGGAGGAGAACUUCGUUGAAUCGAAGCUCUUUAGUUGGAUGAGACUUUUCCGUUUUGCAUCUUUACUUUGCCGUGCUGAAUAAUUCAGUUACACAUGAAGAUUAUGAAUAAUCCAUUUGGUGGUGGCCUCUGUGCCGCUCACAGCUGUGAGAGGAAUAAGAAAGUAGGGAGUAAGCAAUAAAAAUACGUAGCCAUAAAGUUGCAAUUCAUUUAUGCUCGGAUACCUAUCCCGAAUAAAUCACACAAUAUAUUCUAUACACACACAAAGGAAAUAGCCACCCUAUCCAUUCUACUUAAAUAUAGAAAAAUUUGUGAAAUUUGUUCAAAACAAAGUAAUGUUGGAGUUGGAGAUAUGUAGGUAUACAUACAUAUGUAUGUAUGUAUGUAUGUACUCGUAUGUGUUAUAGUUUAAAAUUGUUAGUUCGCCGUAAGUACAAUGUUGAUGAAAUUCGUGACACUAGAUUUAUUAAAUAAAUUAGAUACAAAUACAAAUUUACAUAAUUUAUCGAAAAUAAUUACGUCUACUAGCGCUUCUAAUGUACCUUAAUUACUGAACAAUUUUUGUUAAAAGUUUCAAUGAUCUUAAAUUUUUGCGAACUUAUUGAACACAUACUUGCAUUUGAUGUUAGUUCGUAGUAACAAAUUAUGAAACAAUGAAAAAAACCAAAAACCUUAGUGAAUUAAAUAAAUUAAAUUAUAUUGUUGUCUCGAGAGACUUUGUUGAAAGAAA